AUGAGCAACUAUAAUCGAGGACCAUACCCCGGGACGCCGUCCUCUAUUCCGUCCUACGAGCAACAACAGCGAAUGACGGCGGCGCAAGGAGGGAGUCAGUUAACAUUGCCGGUAACGUAUGGUAGCUCGCCAGCCAGCGAGCUGCCCCCGAACACACAAUGGGUGCGGAUGACGGGAAACGGAUCCUUUCUCGUCGUUUCCUUUGCAGGUACCACUCUUUCCACUCAGAGUGUCACCAGCCCCUCGCAUUACCCUCUUAGUGGAAAUGGACUGGGGUAUAAUCAAACUCAAAGUGAUCCCACUGGACUCUGGGAUGGGCGAUCUUUCAGUCAAGCUACGGAAUCGACUGAACAUACAAAUGCUUCUGGCGGCAAGAAGCGUCGCCUUGAAUAUUCCAAAGAGGAGGAAGAAGAAGACGAAGAAGAAGCUGAUUACGAGAUCCCACGGGGUCCCACGCAAUUUGACAAGAAUGCACUAAAACAAUUUGACUUCACUUUCGGGUCCAGACCUACGACCACCCAACGGCCUGUGCCUACAUCCUCGGCCGGCACAGGACAGCUGACUAUUCCCAGUAGUGGCACUUCAAGUUCCAUCAAUGAGUGGCCAGAGGACACCGAUUUCAAGGUCUCAAUGACAAUCACUGCCACAAGCAAGACGGGUGGAACCGAAACGAAAACGUCAACAUACAAGACGGGCUCCAAAGCUAUAAAGGUCUCUCAAGAGUUGGCUUCUGAUGCGGGCGAAUUCGUGGAUCGACUGAUGUUAACCAAGAAGAAUAAGUAGUCGGGCAUGCGAACAAUGCACCUGCGAGAUCUCCCGUAGUCCACAC